GUGGGCAUCCGUGGUGCGCCUGCACCCCUCCGGGAAGUUCCAGAUGCGACAGCAUGGGAGCCGCUGAAGCAGAUCCUGCAGCAGUGGGAGUUCACAUCGAACUAUGCCGUGGCUGUGGGCGAUGCCACCAACGGACGGCUCUUCACUUAUCAGGGUGGCAACUUCACCCUGAAGACGAAGAUCCCAACCGGCAGCACCAGCAAGUGGCCAUCGGCAAUGAUGUUCGCCGGGCUGGUGAACGACGGCUCCGUCAGCUCCUUGGACGACCCGAUCUACAAGUAUUUGCCUUGGUGGACGAAGGAUCCCAAGGACCCUCGCUCCACUGUGACGUUCAGCAUGCUCCUGACCUUCACCUCUGGCUUUGGUGAUGGCCAUCCCGGUGAGGAGGCCAACACUCGCGCUGCAAGGGAGUGGCGUCGUGCGAACCGCCCGAACGAGACGAAGGCCCUGGUGGUCCGACGCUUGGCCGCCAAGCCUUGCGACCAGCAGUCCGGAUGCAUCAUCGGCUGCGCCAAGUACAUCUACGAGAACGUAAAGCUCAUCGGAACCCCGGGACAGGUGUACUCCUACAACUCCAACCAUCUGCAGUUGGCAGCGGCAGUUGCCGUGACAGUGACAGGCCUCGACAUCCAACAGGUCAUUCAGAAGUACCUGGUUACUGCUUUCGGCAUGGAAGACAGCUCCUAUCCUGGCAGGUGCCCAGACUUCGGCGCCGACCUGUACACGACAGGAGCGGAUUACGAGAAGUUCAUGAAGAAGCUCUUGGGCUAUGAGGUUUACAAGAAGUCGUUGAUCGACGAGUCGGAGGUGGAUGCCACGCCCUUCAUGAAGGACUUCUACACCCUCUAUGGCGAUUACGGUUUUGGCCACUUCCUCAUGUGCUUCGACAGCGUGAAGGGUUUCACCAAGGAGUGCGAGGAGGCACACUGCCACAUGGACCCAGGAGCCUUUGGGUUCAUCCCGCUGUACGACCGCAAGAACAACUAUUACAUGCAGGUGGUCGCUGCAGAGAUCCCCCCUACUGGCUUCUAUCCGCUCAGUGGCAUUCCAGAGUACCUGGCGGUAGCCAUCAAGCCGCAUGUCGACGCCAUCAUGACGAAGUCCGUUUCGACCAACCCCAUGGAGCAGAUGUCUCACAACCCGCAGUUCCUCUCUCUCAGCCUCUCCGAUGUCAACUACUGCCUGAACUGCAAGCUCCACCCGCAAAGCUGCUCUUGA